UUACAAACAAUGAGAAACAACGGAAGUUGUUGGAUUUGUCGCGUGCGCCACAAAAAGUGCGAUGAGAUUCGUCCGAAUUGCGAAAAUUGUGCCGCGCUCGGACUGGCGUGUCACUUCAGCAAUGCCAAGCCGGAAUGGAUGGACAAUGGCGAGCGACAGCGCCAGAUGAGCCAGCGAUUGAAGGCCCAGGUCAAACGAAAUGCUAGAAACAGAAGGGGGAGACAGAUGAUCCAAAGGAUUACUCAUCAAAUCGACAAGGAGCCGGCUGCUCUGGUUGAACCCGCUGAUUCACCUCCAGUCCCUACUCCAGACCCAACACCUGGCAUAACUGUCUCGGAGUCGGUGGACGACACGACACCGGCUUCUUGGCCCAGCAGCAUUUACAGUGAUAUCUCACUAAACACUGACAAUCGUGCGCAUGAGAUACACAAUACCCUCGACCUACCACUACGCGCGACUCCCGAACAAUCCCUGUUCGGCGAUACUUUUCGUGAGACGCUUAACGUCAACCUCCAUGGCGAAGAGGACCUUCGUUUCCUCAUGACCUACAAGGACUACGUCUUCCCACUACUUCACCCCUUCUAUCACACUUCGUUCUUCGAAGGCGGCCAUACCUGGCUUCUGGUUGCUGCCUUUAGAAACCCCGAGUCAAGACAGUUGAUCGUGAGCCUAGUUACGUACUUCUUCUCAGUCGUGCCCCUCGUUCCUGGCGCAGGAUAUACCUUGUGUUCGACCUUUGCCUGGGAGCAGGUUCAAAAGCAAUCGGAGCAAGCUUUCAAGGGAAUGCAGCAUAGGGUUGAGAUGCUUGGCGUCACUGCGAAUCUAUGGGAGAGAACGCAUCUCUUUGGAGACAUCAUGCUGUUACUCGAGUUCGAGACCAUGACUCAGUAUUCCCAAGCAUGGAGACCUCAUCUCGAUGCCGCGAUAAUACUCUUUAAGCAAAUUCUCGACUCACCAGAAUUGAGGCAUGUUGUGUGGCGCGUAACAUUUGAUCCAACGGAGAUGUCAGCCGACCAAGCGAACAGAAUUGAUUGCUCAGGCGUCAACUUGUUUUCCUCAACACAAGUGGCUUUACGCUUUUUCGCUGCCAAGACCAUUCUCGCCGACAUCGUAUCUAGCAGUGCACUCGAGCAAGUUCCACGUCUCAAUGACUACUACGAAAAGUUGAUGUCGGGUCAAGGUGAAGCCAGUCUGAACAUGAAAGAUGUGACUGGGUGCGAGAACUGGGUUUUUCUCAGCAUUGCGGACACAGUGGCUCUUGACGCCUGGAAGAAAGAGACGAAAAUGAAUGGGAAUUUCUCAUUCAUGACUUUGGUUCAACGUGCAGGCAAGGUUCUUGAAAAACUCGAUCGAGGCCUGGCCAUGCUGAAUGCUGAAGAGAGCCGAGCGCAAAACGCCCCCCAUCAGCGAGGUGAGAUUUUCGCAGAGUUUACUCUACUACGAAGCAUGCGUCCUCCACAGGACGCUUACUACACCAUUACGCGGGUAUGGGCCACCGCUGCCAGACUGUAUCUCAUCGUUGUACUCUCGGGCUGGAGCCCUGGAACAAGCGAAGUUGACGAGCUCGUAUCUGAUAACCUGAAGCUACUGCAAGACUUGGAUAAACCAAGCUGGUUGAUGCCGUUGGCCUGGCCCUUCUGCGUUACAGGGUGUUUGGUGUCCGAAGGCCAGGAAUCGGUAGUGGAGAGCAUCUUUGGCAGAACGAAGCCACUGAGUAACGUGGGUGGCUUGACUGAGGCUAUGAAGAUCGUUCGAGAAACGUGGAAACGGCGAGGGGUGUUGAAUCAGGAGUGGGACAUGGCGGCUUGUUUUAGGGGUUUGGAUGAUAUUCCGUUGUUGGUUUGAGUGCUCGAGGAUGCUUUGGAAAGUAGAGAACGGUCAGGGGGAAACUAAGGCCCAAAUAAGGAUUGACGGACAGGAGAGAGAUUUACCACACAGGAGUGAGCAUAGUGUAGGAUAUUAUUGCUGAGAUAAGAAACAGCACAAACAAUUCACCCGUUCAUAGCUCAAGGUUAUCAGUAGCAACACUCACCUCAAGAGUCCGCCCA